ACUUCGCAAUACUAAAAUGAUAGUGGGUUAUUUGGCAUAUAGCAAAAAGAGAGGCUGCUAAUUGUAGAAAACUCUCCCGACUAUUACAUCCAUAUCCACGGCUGUUCGAUCUUUCUAUUACAAAAAUCCUCUCUCUAUUCUUUUGAAACUCUGACAGGCCAACGUUCUUCCGGGGAGGAAAAGCUCCUGAAGCCAUGGCUACUCCACCUUUGGCAAUAUCUACUCCUCAAUUCCACUGCUUCAAGCAAACAUCUUCUUUUUCUUCUGCUUCUUCGAACAAUCGACACCUUCCCAAGAUGGACGACCGAGAGGCGAAAUACAACAACGGUCCACUUUCAACUAGAUAUAUAACAGAAUAUUCUGAUCUUGGUGAUUGUUGGGGUUUGGUCUAUACAUGGUGGGAUUCAACAGAGCAAUGGUCUGGAUCACUGAAUAAUCAUCGGCAACAGUAGUUAUAAUUGAAAAGCUGCAGAUGCAUCAUAUAUUCCACUUCUUUCCAUUCUUCAAGCACAGCUUGAAAUUUCCAUUUUUUUAAAUUUUAAUUUAAUUUAAUCUAAUUUUAUUGAUCUAAAUCAUCUAUUGGCAGGGAACCCAUUUCCCGAUUCUGAUUGAAAAAACAAAAUCUGACUAUAAUCUUUCCACACAUGGGCACUGGCUUGAUGUAGAAAAAGCUAUGCUAACAUUAGAUUCAUCAUUGAAAGAUGGAGAUAAGCUCGAUCCUGCACUUUAUAACUCUGUCAUUUCUCUAUGUAUAUCCAAAAAGUCGCUGCAAGAUGGGGCCCGGCUUCGUGCUCACAUGGCCAACGUUGGCCACAAGCCCGAUGUCUUCUUGGAAAACCAGUUCCUUAAUCUGUAUGUGAAAUGUGGUGAGAUAGACACUGCACGUGCGCAGUUCGACAGAAUGCAUCAGAGGAAUACUGUGUCUUGGAACAUCAUGAUUGCAAGUUACUGCUUAAACGGGCACUUUCUUGAAGCUCUGUGUCUCUUCAAAAUGAUGCUCGAUGCAGGCCUGCUUCCAGACCAGUCGACGUACUUGAGUGCUUUACGGGCUUCUGUUGGGUUGGGGAAUAUGAAACAUGGUGAACAAAUUCAUGCCCAUGUAAUAAAAAUGGGUUUUUGGUAUUGCAUUCAAGUCGGGAAUGCUUUAAUUAAUACAUAUGCAAAAUUGGGCAACUUGGAAGAUGCUGAAACUGUGUACGGAAACAUGAUCGAGUGGGAUGAGGUCUCUUGGAAUUCUAUCAUCUCUGCAAAUGCUCAAAAUGGAUGCAGCUAUCGAGCUUUGUUUUUGUUUGUGGAGAUGCAAAAGGAAGGUUUGAUACCCGAUGAAUUUUCCUUUGGAAGUGUGCUGGGAUUGAGAGAUGCAGCAAUAGUUGAACAGCUCCAUACUCAGAUUACCAAAAGUGGGUUCGGGGCCCAUGUGUUUGUUGGGAGUGCUCUUCUUGAUGCCUAUGCAAAAUGCGGAAAUCUCAGAGUUGCAAACUUGGUUUUCAAUAAGAUUCCUGCCCGGAAUAUAGUGACGUGGAACACCAUGAUAGCCGCAUGUGUGGAAAACGACCGGGUGGAUGAAGGUCUGAAGCUUUUUCUGCAAAUGGAGGAGGUGGGGAUUUGUCCAGAUGAGUAUACUAUAUCCAUCUUGCUCAAGGCAAUGGUGGUUCAAUCGAUGAUGGAGGGUAAGCAGCUUCAUGCGCUAACAGUUAAAACUGGGCUCCACACUGAUGCCUCGGUUGGAAACACCCUCAUCACCAUGUAUUCCAAACAUCGAGAAGUUGGUGACUCUCAGCAGGCUUUCAAAGACAUUUCCAGGCCAGAUCUCAUAUCUUGGAAUGCAAUGAUUCAAUCAUACGUUGAGAAUGAUAGAUCUCAAGAGGCCCUGAUUUUCUUCCUGGAAAUGAGAAACCUAGGAAUCAAGCCUGAUGAAUUCAGCUUUGUUAGCAUCUUAGCUGCUUGUACAUCGCUAGCACAGCUCACAACUGGUAAAGAAGUUCAUGGUAAUUUGAUCAAGACAGGUCUGUUACCGGAUGCUUUUUUGGGAAGUGCCCUUAUUGAUAUGUAUGCAAAAUCCGGGGCUAUAUCAGAUGCUAAACAUGUAUUUGAUGAAAUCGAGCAUAAAGAUUUGAUCACGUGGAACUCCAUGAUUGUGGGGUCUGCUCAGAAUGGGAACGGGGAUGAGGCUCUGAAGCUCCUCUGUUUGAUGCGGGAAGAUGAAUUAGAACUGGAUAAUUUCACCUUUGCUGGCAUUCUUGCUGGGUGUGCCGACAUAACAGCAGUACAGCAAGGCCGGCAGCUCCAUGCACUGAUUCUGAAAUCGAGGAUAACCACAGAUACCGCUGUGGCCAAUGCCCUGAUAACAAUGUAUGCUAGAGUCGGAAGCAUAAAGGAAGCAAAAGAAGUUUUUUCCAAGCUCACGUCUAAGAACAUAGUCUCUUGGAGUGCGAUGAUCGGAGGUUAUGCACAGAACGGCUGUGCCAGGGAGGCUCUUGAACUCUUUGAUCAUAUGGAAAGAUUAGAUGUGAAGCCAAAUGGCAUAACAUUUGUUGCUUUAUUGACAGCUUGCAGCCACGCAGGGCUGACAGACCAAGCCAAGAUGUUUUUCCAUGCGAUGGAGAAGAAGUAUGGGAUUAUACCUGGUUUCGAGCAUUAUGCAUGCAUGGUUGAUAUCUUAGGCCGGGCCGGGAGGUUGGAUGAAGCAGAACAAUUUAUAUACAGAAUACCAAAUGGGCCAAAUCCAUUGGUGUGGCGAAUGUUGCUGAGUGCCUGCAGGACACAUGGUGAUCUUGAUAGAGGGAAGAGGUCAAUGGAAAAGAUACUGGCUCUAGAGCCUGGUGAUUCUGCGGCAUAUGUAUUGCUUUCUAACAUCUAUGCGUCGCAAGGGAAAUGGGAGGGUGUUGUUGAGGUUAGGAAACUGAUGAGAGCGACUGGGGUAAGAAAAGAACCUGGGAAGAGUUGGAUUGAAAUUCGGAAUAGAGUACAUGAAUUUGUGGCGGGCGACUAUUCGCAUCCGCAAGCAGAUGAGAUAUACUCAAAACUGAACCAGUUAAUGGUAGAGAUGAAGCUUGAGGGAUACAUGCCAGAUAUUGAUUCUGUUCUCCAUGAUGUAAGGGAGGAAAUGAAGGAGAACUUGAUUUGUUACCACAGUGAAAGGUUGGCUAUUGCAUUGGGACUCAUCAACUCAGCGCCUGGCAUUACCCUCAAAGUGUUCAAGAAUCUGCGGAUUUGUGGAGAUUGCCAUAAGGCCGUGAAACUGAUAUCUAAGAUUGUUGGCCGGGAAAUUAUAGUUAGAGAUUCCACCCGAUUUCAUCAUUUCAAAGAUGGUAUGUGCUCUUGUUCAGAUUACUGGUGAGGCCCUAUAACAAAAUCCUUGUUUGCAUUUGUGGCAUAGGAUUUUGGGAGCAUUUGUGCCCGCUCUGUAUUCUUUUGUAUUACAUUGUAUUUAGACAUGCUUAGGAGGCUCUAUUGAUUCUUUGGGAGGGUUUAAUCCCAAGUAAGAAGAAUAAGGUGUUUUCAAUGUCCC